AUGAUGGCAUUUACUGUUCCUGCAGUUGUCGUUCUCUGCUUGUCUACACUGACACAAUGCAACCCGGUGGACUUGCAUCCUAGCGAAGAGGUUGCCCGAAGCCGGGGACCCCAAAUCUUUAACGCCGUACAUGAUUCUAUGAAGCAGUGGGGCUCGUCUCUUCAUCACAAUGGCAUGUCCAUCUUCCUCGCAACGGUCCCUGAAGGUGUGCUUCUGUACCAUGGAAACACUAGCCCAGAGUCGCCUUCUGAGCCGGAUUGGCUGGCGUACGAAAUCGAGCAUGCCGAACAGUUUGCCCAUUCAUUUUCCAGACGACCACCCAAGGGACCUCCUGGCGGACCACCGGGAGGUCCACCAAAAGAGCCACCAGGAGAACCGCCACAAGGCCCUCCUGGACACCCCGACGCAGGAUUCUUCGAUACGAAUGGGCGGCAACACGUACUCGGCAGCAGAGCUGAGAAGCGCGCCGAAGGGGCAAGAGGCUGGCUACACGUGUAUCGAGCAACCGAGCCUCUCCAGCUUCUCUACGUCGACGGCAUGAGCGGCGGCAAAACUACCAUGGGGACACUCGACACCCAAGACUACCUCCUACGGAGCGUCAGAUCUGAUCCGUGGGCAGAGAAAGAACCACCAAAAGCCCUUGGCGGUGGCCCGAUGGGAGAGCGAGAGCGCGCCGUUGACCUCUGCAAACUCAGCACGUCAUGGGGCUUGCACGGAAUUUUGCGGAUGGAAGCUGGCUUUGAAAUCAUCAUGUGCGAUUUUGAAAAGGGUCUGGAACAGGUACAAGCGCUGCGACGCCCGGAGCCGAGCCGUCAAAAUGAGCGCCGGGGCGAGGUUCGGGGACUCGAAACUCUCCGCGGCUUUGCGGAGAGAUACCAAGGUAUCGGCGCUUCGCGAACACUAGUGGACUACUCGUCCAUGGUUUCCGCCUUCUUCUUCCCGGUCAACCUUACGAAUCCCGACGAAAAACGACCGGAUCUUCCCAGACUUUCAGAAGUCUCCGAUUCCGAACUUGCAUCCAUCAAGGACUACCUGCACGAGACCAUCCAGUCCCGUCUAGGUGCCCAAACUUCUCCAGUUAACUGGCAGGGUAUUGCGGAUCUCAUCGUCGGUCGAUACUCGGAUAGGAUUGAGUUCAUGGCGAGCCGUUCAUCUUCGCCCACCCUUUUGGCUGACGAAGUAAGCUUUCUGUUGGAUGUCUACAUCCACUACCCCGAUGACGGAGGAAAACCAGAUCUGCCUGAAGCUAUUUCGCGGUGCAGCGAAUUCUACCUUCAAAUCAUGAAUCCCUCGACCGAAGCCGACCGUCUCAUACACGCAGCUUUCCAGACGGUGACAUCAAGGAUUUGCUCGACGCUGUUCGAUAUAAGGGAACGGGUAUCCGGAGUGGCUGAAGUAAGCCGGUCCGACCUGGAGUGGUCCGCUGAAGCGCUUCAGUCUCUCAUCAGCUUCCUUGGAUGGAGUCGUUUCAAGCGAUGUGAGAGCUGCGACCUUGAUGCGGUGUGUUUUAUCCCUAUGUGGCCGAUGGGAAGCCAAGACGACUACUAUUCUCCCAAUUGCAAGAAUGGAUCAGAUUUGCGCGGCGGAAACAGUUAUUGGAAGAUGUAG